AUGCCCGGUCGAGGCCGCAAAUACCGUCCGGCAAAGAAGCCAAAAGACAUCUGGGGCUGGCUCCGCAUCCCGUUGACCAGAGUCACAAAGGACACCAUCAUGAACAACCUGUUGCUUGGUUUGCACCGAGGCGAUCUCCUGCGGCGAGACCUGAGGUACAAACGCAAUCAGCGCGACGUGAACCGCUUUAUUACCCAGCAGAUCUCCCAUAUGCCGCGGCCUCUAAGAGAUCGUUAUAAUAAACAGCCGGAGGAGAUGCUCCGUCGCUUCAGAAUGGCCAUCAGCAAAGCAAAACGCAACUUUACGCCCCCAAAGCGACGGAGCAUGUCUCCGGUCGACCGACAGGAGUUUGCUCUCGAUGAGCUCGUCCACGUCUAUGCGUCUGGGGAGAACCCACACCUACAGCGUCCGCAGUCCUUCAUGCUGAGCGCAAUAACCCGUGCGCCUGAGGAGAUCGCGAGGGCGGCGAGAGGCUGGGUUCCGUAUUCCAUGCUGGACUUCCAUGCCUUUGAGAGCUUCUUGGUUCCUUUGGGCUAUGAUCCGCCAUUCCAUGAGGUUUACUACCAUGUUCCUGAUGCAGAGGGGCCUGAGAGUACAGUGGUCGUCUCGGAUGUUGAACAUAUCACGGCAGCGGUGGUGCUCAGGCAGCUGCAUCAGCUUCCUGUGGAGUUCUUUUUGCGUCCGCGGACAUCCGAUUCUAUUCCCGUCUCAGAACAGUCCACGAUUAUACUGAGCGACGCUUCAUCUCCUGAGCCAUUGCCCCCGCGCAGCCCUGAACUCGACUCCGGAUCAGAGACAUUGGGACAGGAACAUGGGAGUCCAGACCCUGAGGACCAGGAAAACAUGCAAGUAUCGCCGAGGCAUAUGGAGACUGUUGCCUCACUCACCGUCAAGGGGAAGUGGAUGCACUGGCCCCAACCGAAAUACCCUGCGAACCAAGUCGCCAACGACAUUAUCUCGCUCGCUCAUACAGACAUCACGACGCUAGAGGUUGACUGCAUCGUGACCGGGAUUAGUGAGCCCCGUGGCCAGGGUGGCUUGGAUGGAGCCGUCCAUGCUGCCGCGGGCCCGCGUCUCCUGGACGCAUGCAAUGACCUGGGGAAGUGCUGGGUUGAAGAGGUGCAGGUCACCGACGCCUACAACCUACCGUGCAAGAAGGUGAUUCAUACUGUGAGUCCUCCUUAUGCGGAUGGCAGCGCGGAUAGUAAAUGGCUGCUGCGGGCGUGCUAUCGGCGAUGUCUGGAGAUUGCUAUCGAGGGUGGAAUGCGGACGAUUGCAUUUCCUGCUCUGAGCACAGGCAGCAAGGGCUUCAAGAGUUAUGAAGCGGCAACGGCUGCUCUGGAAGAAGUGCGUUGCUUCCUUGAUGAACCGGGGCAUCUGCUCCGGUUCGAUAAGAUUAUCUUUUGCAACAUCCAUCAGCAGGACAUGGAGGUUUAUGUGGCUUUUACUGGGCAAUUCUUCCCGUUGGUACCGAUAUCUGUUGGUUCUCGUGCCUCUGGAGCAGGCUCGCCUACGCCUACAUCGGCACCGGAUUCCGCCGUCGCGUUGACUGGUCCGCCGGAAGAUUCGUCUUGA